AUGAAAAAUUCCGCAUCAACAUCCCAAAGUGGUGAUGAUUCAGAAGUUUUAAACAAAAAACGUAAAGUUGAUCACAUGGUCGAUGGUUCAAUUGUCAAAGUAGAAUUAAAGAAUUUCAUGACUUUUACUGAAGUUGUAUAUACUCCACAUUCAAAACUGAAUUUAAUAAUUGGGCCCAAUGGAUCUGGAAAAUCGUCAAUUGUUACAGCUCUCAUAUUAGGAUUUGGUGGUAAUCCAAAGGAUAUUAAUAGAGGAGACAAAGUCAGUCAAUUUGUAAAACUAGGUAAAUCUGUAGCAGAUAUUUCUAUAGAACUUUAUAAGAGAUCAAAUCAAAAUAUGAAUUUGAGAAGGACAAUAUUUGCCAGCAAUGAAACUUGUCACUAUUAUGUCAACAGUAUCUUAGUCUCAAAAAAAAAAUACAUUGAUGUUGUUGAAAGCUUUAACAUAAAAGUGCAUAACUUAUGUCAGUUUUUACCACAAGACAGAUUAGAAGAUUUUUCAAAAUUAGAUUCUAAAGGUUUAUUAAUAAAUGCUUUACAAAGUAUAGAAAAUAAAGACUUAUUGAUCAAUUUUGAAAAGUUAAAAACUCUCGCUGAUAGUAUAAACACAUAUGAUGGCGAUAAAAAGAAAUUACAAGAUAGUAUCAGAUCAGAAACUGCUGUAAAUCUAAAAUUGGAAACAAUUGUCAAUACAUUCACGGAAAAAAAAUUAUUAGAAGAACAGUUAUUGACUGUGUUACAGAAGAGAUGUUGGUCCUUAUAUAUAUUAGCUUGGCAACAAAUUUCUAGUGAAAGAAAAAAAUUUGAAGAAUCAAAAAAACAUAAUAAUGCUGCCUUGAGUCUUAUCAAUCAGCAUAGAGAAAUAAUAAAUAAUAAAAAAUUAGGAGAAAAUAAUCUGAAAAAUGUGGUUCUUCAGAAUGCAAAUAUAGUAAGUAAAUUAAUAGAAAAACUUAGUAAUCAAGUUGGAGCUGCUGAAUGUCAUGUAUCUGAUUUAAAUGAUUUAAAAAAAACUGCUAGAAAAAGUUCAAUAAAAAUUGAAGACCUUACAGAGUCAAUAUCUGUUAUGGAAGAGAAGUUACAGAGUAUAAAAAAUGAAACAUUAAAUGUUGAAGAAUGUAAAUUGGAACUUAAUGAAAUCAAUAAAAACAUCAAAAGCAUCGAUUCAAAUAUUUAUCCUGUGAGGAAUAACUUAGAGAGUGUUAAAAAUAAAUUGAAAGGUCUUACUGAAAAAAUGUAUGGUAUUGAUCAAGAACUUGAAAGAGAAAAAAGAAAAGAGGAUGGCAAAAAUCAAUUACUGCAGAGAAGGUUUCCGGAAAUGUGGAAAGCAAUUAAAUGGCUAAGAAAUUGUGACAAGUCAAAAAUUUUUCAUGGACAAGUAUUUGAACCAUUAUUCACUCAGAUUGAAGUACAUGACCAAAAUAAUGCUAAGUACAUAGAAAACAUUAUUAAUUAUCGAGAUAUGAUUGCAUUUGUUUUUGAGUAUGCAGAAGAUUUGACUACAUUUAAUAAAAUAGUAAAACAAGAACGUUGGCAAAGAAUAAAUUCAAUUUCAGCUCCUCCUGCCAAUAUUCACAUUAACGAGACACCAAAUUAUGAUAUAAAUAGUUUAAGGCAAUUUGGUUUCCAUUCAUAUGCAUUAGAUAUGAUACAAGCUCCAACUGUUAUAAAGAGAUAUCUAGCUCGAAAUUAUGACAUGCAAAAUAUACCUAUUGGAUCCAAGGAAGUUAUUAAUAAUCUGCAGAAUUUACCCAAUAAUAUUGGGUUCUUUUUUGCAGGUAAUGAUCAAGUCCAUAUAAAAACUUCAAACUACACAGGAGAAAAGAUCACCCGUCAAACACAAAUAUCAAAUGAGGCACAAUUUUUGCUGUUUUCUGUAGAUUCAAAUUUGAUAAAAUCACUGACUAUCAAAAAAGAAGAAGCUAGAAUAAAUUGUGAACAUUUUGAACAACAACAAAUUGAAUUAAAUAAUCAGCUCAGAAUGGCUGAAGAUAGUCGUCAGCCUUUUAUUGCUAGAAAAAAAGAAAUACAAGGAAGUUUUAUAAAAUUUCAAAAUAGGCAACAAGCUUAUGAUAAAAUGAUCAAAGAUAAGGAGUUUAAACAAAGUGAACUUAAAACAGAAAAAGAAAGGUUGACCAAAUUAUUAAACCAAAAUUCGCAAUUAAUCAAUAAGUAUUUUGAUUCAAUGAAUGGAGUUAUUGUGAUGCUGGACAGUUAUUCAACAAGUAUAAAAUAUCUGAUUGCUUCAACCUUUGUUGUUAGUAAUUGUCACGUUGAUAUGGAAGAAGAAAAUAAAGUUUUGAAGCAAUUGAAAAAACUCUAUGAAACUAACUUGAACAAUUUCAAUGAGUACCUGAAGUACAUACAAAAGUUGGAUUCAGAAUUUAAGAAAAUGCUUGAUGUAGCUAUACAUUGGUCUAGAGGAGUGUCUCCAUAUGAUAAAACUUUAUUUCAACCGUUCAAGGAAAAAUUUGAUGAUAUAGAACAGUCUGAGGUUGAAGAUUUAGAUGUAUUAAUGGUCGAGAAAAAAGCCAAACUCAACUGUCUGAAUAUUGAUCCAAAUGCUCCUCAAUUAAUAAAAGAAUACAAAGAACGAAAAAUAAAAAUAAAAAAUUUGGAAAAGAAAUUGGAAAGUUUAAACCAGAAUGCUCAAACCAAAGAAUAUGAAAUUGAUAGAUUACACUCUGAAUGGUUACCGAAAAUACAAGAACUUACAGGUUUGUUGAGUGAAAAUUUCCAUAAGUUUCUCAAAUCAUUUGGUUGUAGUGGCAUAAUUGAAUUGGAUAUUGGCAUAACGAGGUAUGAUUUUGAAGCAUAUGGGCUAUUGAUAAAGGUGCAAUUUCGAAAUGAUAUUCCUUCUUUGAGGCUAUUAGAUGCUAAAACCCAAAGUGGUGGUGAACGUGCACUGACAACAGCAUUAUUUUUGUUGUCCCUCCAAGAAGUCACACAUUUUCCAUUUAGAAUUGUUGAUGAAAUUAAUCAGGGCAUGGAUAAAGUCUAUGAAAGGAAAUUAAUGGAAUUGUUUAUGGAGUUAUUUGAAGACAGGAAAAAUCAGUAUUUUGUAGUUACACCAAAGUUAAUCAAGAACCUCACAUUUAAAAACACCACAGUGGAUAUUAUAUUUUGUAUUGAUAAAUAAAGAAUCAAACAUGACCAUGGGGAUUUUUUUUAUCCUAUCACUUAUAAGAAUGACUCAAUAUUUCAAAUAUUUUGUGUUCUUGUACUAUUUAGUAUUAAGAUUGUUCAAUUUUUUAAUU